AUGCAGAACUCUCGAUUCCACGCUAUCCGCUCCCGCUUCUCGCCUACCGGCAUCCGCACAUCCUUCCGCCGGGCAUCCUCAGCCUCGUCAAGGAGCACCACCUCGCGGAACUCAUUUGCAUCCAACGGCUCGUCGCCUGUAGAGACUAUCAACAGCGUCCUCUCGCGCCAGCCGUCGUUCAUGGAGAUGCAGGAGGAGAAGAGGAGUUUCGGACCGGAGCUCAACAUCCUCGAGCCCAGGCCCGUUGUCUACUGGGGCGGUCUUGAGGAGCGCAUCGGAUCUUUCUAA